GCGUACCGAUGUUCCGAUAAAAUAUCGCUUUCCAUAUUUUGAGAAAAUGUGUUGGUUUGCAGGAAGAAAAUAUUACAAUAUCCUUAAAGAAAAUCCUAAAAGUUUAUCGACGUGGGAAGAAAAAGGCAUAGUUGAACUUGCCUUAUUCCUAUUAAAAUUGUCCAGUAAGCUUGAGUCUAAUGGCAACGCUUCAUCUGAAGAACGUCAACUAAUUCAAUCCAGUAUUCCAGAAGGAAUUAGUGACCAUUCUAGGUUUGCGCGUAGAUUAUGUCGAAGGAUCAAUAACCAUAUCAACGAGAAACGAUUUAGAGAAAAAGGAAUAGAUACUACAUUCAUUUCUUCUAUGAAAAAUAAUGUUAUAGAUAUUAAAGAAGAUCAUGACAAUGAACAUUCUAAUUCACCUGAAUCCAAAAUAGAAACUCCAAAAAAUCUUAGGCUGAGAAUCGUUAGCAAAAAACGUAACUAUGAGGAUGUGACAAGAGAACAAGAUUCCAAAUCCUUUGUAGAUGAAGCGGAAGUAAAAUGCAGACGUAUUGACAAGGUAGACAAUUCUAGGGAUAUCACUAUGAAUGAAGAUCUAAAUGGUACACGCAAGAAUCAAUCUCAAGUAGAUAUGUUUUUAGGAAAAGGUUCACCUUUGACACCUCUUAGUGACAGCACCAUAUCAUCAUGGAACGAAGAAUGCAUAGAUGAAAUUAUGUAA